AUGGUGGCCACAGAGCAGCGUCGCAGUGUUAAGCCAAACACGCCUGUUUCGACAGUGACAAUGACGAACCCGAAGCGUGACCCCGACGCAAUGGAGGGUAUUCCUCCCAACCACAUCGAGUUCGGCGGAUCUCCAGGCGCCGCCUCGCUUAUGAUUGGGUUCCCCUUACUCAUGUGGUACAUGUGGAUCGGCGCGACGUACUACGACGGAGGUCUUCCUCUACCAGCCUCCGACGAGCCUAUCCCCGAGUUCCUUCAACAUCUGGCCGGGCUCGUCUACGAGGGGGCGUUUCCCACGCUGCGGGCUUGGAAGAUAUACUGGGUUUUCUUCUUCACCCAAAUGGCGUUCUACUACAUCCUGCCCGGUGUCGAGGGCUACGGCAAGCCUCUCCACCACGAGGGCGGAAAGCAGCUCAAGUACUUUUGCAAUGCCUACGCCAGUCUCUACGCGACCAUAAUCCUCGCUGGUUUCCUUCACGUUAGCAACCUUUUCCCUUUGUCGACGCUCAUUGACGAGUUUGGUUCCAUCAUGUCCGUGGCCAUCUUGUCCGGUUUUCUCAACAGCAUACUCGUCUACGCUUACGCCAUGUUGUGCGGCAAGGGCCAUCACCUCAAGAUGUUCUACGAAGUCCGUAUCCCCUGGUUUAUCCUCUUACUUAUCAGCAGUGCCGCGGCUGUGCGUCAAUACGAGGCGUACGGAUACGUCUCGGGCGAAGUCUUGUUCCUCGUCAUGGCUCACUAUCUGUACGCGAACGCGUGCGCAAAGGGCGAACAACUCAUCAUCACAAGCUGGGACAUGUAUUUCGAGAAGCUUGGGUUUAUGCUCACAUUCUGGAACAUGGCCGGCGUCCCUUUCUCUUAUUGUCAAUGUGUCCUGUACCUCGCCAACAACCACCCGGACACCUAUCGCUGGAGCCGCACCUCCCUCGGCUGUCUCGUUGUUUUGUAUCUUUUCGUCUAUUGGGUAUGGGACACCGCCAAUGGCCAGAAGAACGGCUUCAGGCAGAUGGAGCGCGGCCAGCUCAUUUCCCGCAAAACGUUCCCCCAAUUGCCAUGGCAGAUUGUCCAGAACCCGCGUGUGAUUGAAACAGAUACCGGCGACCGUAUCCUCGCCGACGGCUGGUCGCCCUUUCCUUGGUUUUACCCUGUCUUCUUCACCAUCAUGAUUGUGCACCGCACGAGACGUGAUAUCGCAAAGUGCCGAGGAAAGUAUGGCAAGGCCUGGGAGAAAUAUGAGAGACAAGUUCCGUACUUGUAUAUUCCUGCCCUUGGCACCCCGGGGUACGAGUUCCUUUACUCCACCAACGUGACCCUGGGCGAGCGUUGGUCAUAUGGCGACUUCGGGCAAGGAACGCGCGUCGCGAUUCCCAUCACCGGCGGCACCUUUGUCGGCCCUCGUCUUUCUGGUACCAUCGUGAACCUCGGCGCCGACUGGGGAGUCACGGAUACGUACGGCGUCUUCUUCCCCGAUACGCGCUACAGCCUGAGGACGGACGACGGCGCGGAUAUCUUCAUCCAGACCGCCGGGCCAACCCAGGAAGAUGGGCGUACGCUGCUCCGCGCCAUCUACCAGACGGGUCAUCCUGACUAUAUCUGGCUCAACCACGUUGUUGCGAUUGGGAUCUUGCGCCGUCCCACUGGUGAGAAUAAGGGAAAAUACGUCGAGAUCGACAUGUGGCAGGUAACUCUACCGGUGAUUGAGCAGGAACCUGAGGACGCGGAAUAG